ACUUAGCACAUGCUUCCAACAUGGCUUCUGAUCCGCAAAGGGAGGAUAGCUACGAAAUGUUGAAUUAUGACACUUACUUAAUGAAAAAUGGAAAACUUGCCCAUCAUGAAGAUGGUGAUGCUGAUGAAGAUAGCGAGGAAGAGGAGUUCGAUGAAGGUGAUGAGUGGUGCUGGGAAGGCACUGGGGCCAAUCUUGCAAAACAUUAUUCAGUCUCUAGAGGGAGUAAUCCACAGUCCAACAGGCAGAAUGUACAGUCUUCCUCUAAAGCAUAUACAGUGACGGAUAAAGUUUUACAAAAGUAUGAAAAUAAAAUUAAUUUAACUAAACUUAAUCUUUCUGACUCUGUUAUGAAUAAAGUAACUGAAAAAUCCAGACAGAAAGAGUCUGACACGUACCGAGUUAAAGAUAAGUCUGAUCGAGCAACAGUAGAGCAGGUGCUUGACCCCAGGACACGGAUGAUUCUCUUUAAGAUGCUUACAAGAGGAGUGAUAUCAGAAAUUAACGGUUGCAUAAGUACAGGGAAAGAAGCUAAUGUAUAUCACGCUAGCACUUCAGAUGGGGAGAGUAGAGCAAUAAAGAUUUACAAGACGUCAAUAUUGAUGUUUAAAGAUCGUGACAAAUAUGUGAGUGGGGAAUUCAGAUUUCGUCAUGGCUACUGCAAGGGAAAUCCUAGAAAAAUGGUGAAAACAUGGGCUGAAAAAGAAAUGAGGAACUUAAUAAGGUUGAACACAGCAGAAAUACCCUGCCCAGAACCCAUCAUGCUUAGAAGCCAUGUGCUUGUUAUGGGCUUCAUUGGUAAAAAUGACAUGCCUGCUCCUCUGUUGAAGAAUGCACAAAUAUCAGACUCCAAAGCACGUGAGAUUUACCUGGAUGUUAUUCAGAUCAUGAGGCAAAUGUACCAGGAUGCCAGGCUUGUUCAUGCAGAUCUUAGUGAAUUUAAUAUGCUUUAUCACAAUGGAAAGGCGUAUAUAAUAGACGUGUCUCAGUCAGUGGAGCAUGAUCACCCUCAUGCCUUAGAGUUUCUAAGGAAAGACUGCUCCAAUGUGAAUGAUUUCUUUGUGAAGUAUGAUGUUGCCGUGAUGACAGUACGGGAGCUGUUUGAGUUCAUUACAGACCCAUCGAUUACAAAAGAUAACAUGGAUGCUUAUCUGGAAAAGGCAAUGCAGAUAGCAACUCAGAGAACAGAGGAAGAGCGAUCCAGUCAAGAUAAGGUUGAUGAAGAGGUGUUUAAGAAAGCAUAUAUUCCUAGAACUCUAACAGAUGUUACCAAUUAUGAAAGAGAUGUUGAUGUGAUGCAAAAUUUGAAAGAAGAAGACAUGUCUCAUAAUAUACAGCAUGAUAAUAUCCUGUAUCAGACUGUGACUGGACUUAAAAAGGAUUUGUCAGGCGUUGAGAUGGUGCCAGCUAUACUUCAGAAUACUGCUCAGGAACAGCAGACAGAAUCACACUCAGAUGACGACACCACUGAAGGUUCAGCUUCAGACUCUGAAGAAGAAAUUCAUUCCAAAGAUGCAGUUCCUCAGACAGAAACGGAUAAAAAGGAAAGAAAAAAGAUGGUCAAAGAAGCACAGAGGGAGAAGAGGAAAAACAAAAUCCCUAAACAUGUAAAGAAAAGGAAAGAGAAGACGGCAAAAACUAAGAAAGGCAAAUAGAAUGUAUCUUAGAUUAAGAUCCAUAAAUUGCCUGUACAUCAAACAAUGUGACUGUCUGUGCAAUGUGUAUAAUUAAUUGUCUAUUCAUCUUGCAGAUGAAUUAGUAACCUUACACUAUGUGUAGAGACAUGUAAUACACAGAGAGAGGUUUCUUUGCUGAGCAAUUAGUGCAAUAUGUCAAUAACCUAAAGAAAUCUGUAAUCAGAUUCUGCACAUUUUAUCCACUUGCUCCUAUAUGUGAUGCAGAAAAAGUCAUGCUCGAUAAUAAUGUGUGUAAUGCUAUGAUUGCAUAGAAUUAUGUGUUUAACCCCUGCAAAGUUGUUAAACAUAUAGGGCCAGAUACGAGUGGACCGGUGUUUAACGCUCCUGCUUGCACGCCAACUCGGCUAGAAGUAAGCUUUUUGCGCACAUCGGGUAGCACUUGUAUUACAAAUUGAAAGUAAAAAGUUUUCACUUAUGCCUUUUUUUUCCUAACACCCGAGACCUCAUAACUUUGAGCCCUUAUAACUUUUUUCUGCAAUAUUUUUUUAAAUAAUUUUUAUUAGAUAGUGUUAUUAAGUGUUAAGUGUAACAGUACUUUUUAAAUGUAUUUUAGAUGUGUUUUGUGCCACAUUUUUUGUUUUGAGAAACAGUUAACCAGAGCUCUGAGGUAGCGCUAACGCCACGCACAUUAAAUUCAAUUGCGCUCAAGUGAUCGUGUUUACUUUCAACUUGUAACACAAAAGCUACAUCCGAUGCACACAAACAGCUCUGAUAAACCCGAUUAUCACUCGUACAUAACUGUUAGUGCACCACUCGUAAUCUGGCCCAUAGUAAGUCAGUUACAGAGCUACUGGUUGUGAGCUGGACAUGGCAAGGAAAUGGUGAGUAUACACAUAUGCCAUCACCUGAUUAGCACACUGGCUGUGUUCAUCUCUGGACCAAAAGUGCAUUGCGGCUCCAUACCUGACUUUAAUUAUGUGUUUAACCCCUUUGCAGACGUUAAACGCAAGUUGUGCAAGUAUUGGUACAAUAACAAAGUGUUCUAGCUCAUUAGAACACUUUAUUGUUGCUCUUUUGUGUCCCUUUAACUCAAGAAAUCCUGGGUUUGCAAAUCUUUGAAAUAUCGGAUCCAUUUAUAUUUAGCUAUCACUUGUGCAUUAAUAUCCUCUGGUAUGCACACAUUCUAACUUAUCAUGUUAUAAACAUUUGCAUUAAAAUAACAAAACAUUC